AUGGCGCUACGCGCGGCAGUGUUUGACCUGGAUGGGGUGCUGGCUCUCCCCUCGGUCUUCACCACCUUGGGCCGCAACGAGGAGGCCCUGGCACUGCCUAGAGGCUUCUUGAGUGAACCUUUCAAGAAAGGAGGCCCAGAUUGUUCCACUGUCUGCCUCAUGAAAGGACAGAUGACAUAUUCCCAGUGGUUGCCUCUUAUGGAAGAAGACUGCAGGAAGCAUUCUGAGGCUUCUGGAAUCCGCCUUCCAGAAAAUUUUUCUAUAAAUAAAAUCUUUGGGGAAGCAAUUUCAGCAAGAACAAUCAACCGCCCCAUUCUUCAGGCAGCCCUCAAUCUCAGAAAGAAGGGAUUUACAACCUGCAUCCUCACCAAUAACUGGCUGGACGAUAGUGCCCAGAGAGGCGGCCUGGCCCAGCUGAUGGGAGAGCUGAGGCCACACUUCGAUUUCCUGAUUGAGUCCUGUCAAGUUGGCAUGGUCAAGCCUGAGCCUCAGAUUUAUGAGCUAUUACUGGAUACCUUGCAGGCCAGCCCUAAUGAGGUUGUUUUCUUGGAUGACUUCGGAAGUAAUCUGAAGCCGGCUCGUGAUUUGGGAAUGGUCACGAUCCUUGUCCGAGACACCGACACAGCCCUGAGAGAACUGGAGAAAGUGACCGGCACACAGCUUCUCAGCACUGCAAACCCCCUGCCAACCCCAUGCAGGCCAAGUGACGUGAGCCACGGAUAUGUGCCAAUAAAGCCCGGGCUCCGCCUGCACUUCGUGGAACUGGGCACCGGGCCUGUGGUGUGCCUCUGCCACGGCUUUCCAGAGAGCUGGUUCUCGUGGAGGUACCAGAUCCCAGCGCUGGCGCAGGCAGGCUACCGGGUAAUUGCUCUGGACAUGAAAGGAUAUGGAGACUCCUCUUCACCUCACGAAAUAGAAGAAUACUCAUGGGAAGUGUUGACUAAGGAGAUGAUGAUCUUCCUGGAUAAACUGGGUAUCUCACAAGCAGUGUUCAUCGGCCACGACUGGGGAGGUGCGCUGGUGUGGUACUUGGCUCUCUUCUACCCUGAGAGAGUGAGGGCCGUGGCCAGUCUGAAUACUCCUUUAAUGCGGAUGAAUCCCGAUGUAACCUUCAUGGAGCAAGUCAAAGCCAAUCCUGUUUUUGAUUACCAGCUCUACUUCCAAGAACCGGGAGUGGCCGAGGCUGAACUGGAAAAGAAUAUGACUAGAACUUUCAAAUGCUUUUUCAGAAGAGGAGGACUUCUGGUAAGGUUCCCCGAUGAGCCCAGCCUCAGUUCGAUGAUCACCGAGGAGGAGAUCCAAUACUAUGUGCAGCAGUUCAAGAAGACUGGCUUCAGAGGCCCCUUAAACUGGUAUCGAAACAUGGACAGGAACUGGAAGUGGGGCUGCAAAGCCGUGGGACGUAAGAUCCUGAUCCCAGCCCUGAUGGUAACUGCUGAGAAGGACAAAGUGCUUGUGCCAGAGAUGUCCAAGCAUAUGGAGGACUGGAUCCCCCACCUGAAAAGGGGACACAUUAAGAAUUGUGGACACUGGACACAGAUGGACAAACCAGCUGAGGUAAAUCAGAUCCUCAUUGAAUGGCUGAACACGGAUGUCAGGGACCCACCAACAGUCUCAAAGCUUUAG